AUGUCGAUUACUGAAUUUGAAUAUAAAACUGGCUUUCCAGCACUUCGCUUGACAAAUUCAAAUGGUUGUUCCUCUGUGGAAAUAUUAUUAUAUGGUGCACAUGUUCUUUCAUGGACUACGAACAAUAAACAAAUCUUGUUUCUAAGUGAUAAAGCUAUAUUUGCACCAGGAAAAGCUAUUCGUGGCGGUAUACCUAUUGUAUGGCCUCAAUUCGGACCUGGUCCAUUACCACAACAUGGUUUCGCUCGUGUUAAAACAUGGCGUUUAGGAAAAACAAAUACCAAUGGAGAUGUCAGUGUUGAAUUACAUCUUUCACAUGAUGAAGAUACAUUGAAAAUAUGGCCACAUAAAUUCAAUUUAACACUUACUAUUCGUUUAAAAGAAAAAUCAUUUUAUCAAGAAUUAACUGUACAUAAUGAAGAUAACCAUACAUUCGAAUUUACUGCAUUAUUUCAUACAUAUUUUACUGUUGAUGAUAUAAAAACAACAAAUAUAUGUGGUUUAAAUAAUGUAACUUACGCGGAUAAAGUCGAUGGAAGCAAAACUAAAACAGACACCAAUAAGAUUCUAGAAUUUACAGGCGAAACCGAUCGUGUCUAUAACGAUGGUGGAAAAAAUGCAAACCCUAUUCUUAUCAAUGAUUGUAUUCAAGUGAUUGGUUCGAGUACAACAUCGGAUAUUGUCGUAUGGAAUCCUUGGCAAGAAAAAGCCAAAGCAUCUGUUGAUAUUGGUGAACAUAAUUUUUCGAAAUUUGUCUGUAUUGAAGUUGGUCACGUUCAUGAUUCUGUGAAGCUAGACAAAGAUCAAUUAUGGAAAGGUUCACAUGAAAUCACACUACUCAAAUGA